AUGGCAAAAACGUUAAAUGAAGGGACCUAUCAAUUUACAGUUAUUGUACUAUUAUUAAUACGAGCAGUAUUAAAAAAUCUACCUCUUGGACCAUCGUCAUUUAUUAGUACAUCAGAAAGACAAAGUAUUGCAAGUGCAGAUAGAAGAGGAGAUGGUCAAACAGAAAGACGCCCGGAUAUAAUGUUUGUGAUAAAGUAUUUGGAUGUGUUUUUUGAACUUAUGUAUGUUGAAUGUUCUCGAUUAUUUUGUACACAGCAAAAAAAAGUGGAUGAUGACAUUAAAUUAUGGCGUGAGUGUAAGGAUGGUAUGUAUUAUACUCGAAAAACUCUUAAUCCGGAAAAAGAUCAAUUCGGAAUAGUGGGAGUACAAAUAGCGGGAGAUAUCUUACAUCUGAAUAUUCUUAUUAGGAAUAAAGCAAAUGUUCAUAAAUAUUAUCAUAUACAAUCGGCUAAAAUCCUUGUACAGUUUUCGGAUGAGAAUGUUGUAAUUACAUUCGUUGAAACACUUUUACGUAAUAUACUAAUUACAAAUAUAUCCCAGUUAUGCCAUGGUUCAACAUCCACAUCCCAGAGGUUAAUGGAAGAUAAAGAAUAUGCUGAAAAUGAGGCUGAUAUAGCUAAAUUAAAAACAGGUUUGCAAUAUCCAAUCCUUUUUGAGCGUAUUAAGACUACAAUUCUUGAGCUUGAGACAAGGAAUGCAAAAUUAAAACCAAUUAUAGAGGAAUUUACAAAGAAAUCAGAAUCUAGUCACCUUGUGAUUGGUAAGAAAAUCGCAAAUUUCAGACUCAUUCAAAUAGCUAAGGAAAUUCUUAAUGAGGAACCGAUAAUUGAGUACUGUCCUUCUUUUCUGAAUGGGUUAGAACUUGAUGCCUUCUUUCAGAAAUACCAAAUUGCAUUAGAGGAAAUCAGCAUCGGUUUCAUCACACUAGCUGGUAUAAGGAUGUUAAAAAACUCGAAGAUAUUAUUAAUCGUGAUCGGAGAAAAAGAUGCAUAUGUCAAGAUAAUGGAAUUUUUCUUCUUGAGGUAUGGUUUUGAUAUGUGGCGGAUCGAUAAUCAAAACGAUAAAGUUGUACGGGAUAAUUCCGAAGAACCACUCAAGAAAAUAAUUAAAGCAUAUCCUAAAGAAUAUUAA